AUGAAAAACACUGAAGUACUCGCCCUGGCGUUAUUCGCCUUGGCUUUGGCGGCCACGAAAUCUUCUGUUACCGGGGUCCCAGCUGUGAACACCACCCCCACCCCCACCCCCAACACCACAACUCCCAACACCACCACCCCCAAGACCACCACCACCAACACCACUACCACCCCCAAGACCACCCCCAAGACCACCCCCACCACCACCACCCCCAAGACCACCACCACCCCCAAGACCACCACCCCCCACUACCACUAA